UGGAGGUUGGAAACUGGGGAGGUGCGUAAGAAGGCAGAAUGGGGAGUGGGACGCACACAAAGGGAGAGAGGGACCGAGGGGCUGAGAAGAAGCUGGGCCACCCCGCGUGGGGGACCUGCAGCGCAGCUCCGUGGAGGAUACCCAGGACAAGCUAGGUCCCUCUGCCCUCGAGCUAGGGUGUUCAGACCUAAGGGCCGAGAGAAUUUUGUGAGAUGCGGUGGAACUAUUGCCAAGAGCGAAAAACUGCCCCCGCGUCUAGAAAACACAUCCUGAAGGAGAUGACGGCUGAACUGCGGCGGACCCACGCAACCCGGGUAACCGGGAGCCCUCGUCCCCGACUGCCCCGCGUCUACUUUAAAAAGGGGCGAGGGCGGCGGCCGGCGGAAGUGCCCGGUAAAGGGGUGGGGCCGCGAGCGCGCCGGAAGCCGGAAGCCGGAAGCCGAGGCUGGAGCUGCGCGUGGUGAUGUCGGCCGGCGGGGCUGUGGAGCCCGGGCCCCCGGGGGUCGCGGCUGCCCCGGCUGCCCCCUCGCCCACCGCGGCCGGGCCUCCUGCCGCAGGGCACCUGUUCCGGCCCAUCAACGCCGAGGACGAGGAGCAGCAGCCCACCGAGAUCGAGUCGCUGUGCAUGAACUGUUACCGCAACGGCAUGACGCGGCUGCUGCUCACCAAGAUCCCCUUCUUCAGAGAAAUCAUCGUGAGCUCCUUCUCCUGCGAGCACUGUGGCUGGGACAACACGGAGAUCCAGUCGGCAGGCAGGAUCCAGGACCAGGGAGUGCGUUAUGCCUUGACCGUCAGAUCUGCGGAGGACAUGAACAGAGAAGUGGUGAAGACGGACUCUGCCACCACAAGGAUCCCUGAGCUGGAUUUUGAAAUCCCUGCCUUCAGCCAGAAGGGAGCUCUGACCACCGUUGAAGGACUGAUCAACCGUGCUAUCUCUGGCCUCGAGCAGGACCAACCCACACGAAGGGCGAAUGAAGAUGCCAUGGCUGAACAAAUUGAUGAGUUCAUUGUCAGACUGAAGGAACUAAAACAAAUGGACUCGCCUUUCACUCUGAUCAUCGAUGAUCCUUCAGGGAACAGCUUUGUGGAAAACCCACAUGCCCCUCAGAAAGAUGAUGCCCUGGUGAUCACAUACUACAGCCGCACCCCAGAGCAGGAGCAGAUGCUGGGGCUCCAGGCAGAGGCUCCAGAGGAGAAGCCAGAAGAGGAAGAUCUCAGAAAUGAAGUGCUGCAGUUCAACACAAACUGCCCAGAAUGCAAUGCCCCAGCUCAGACUAACAUGAAGCUAGUACAAAUCCCCCACUUUAAGGAGGUUAUCAUCAUGGCCACCAACUGCGAGAACUGUGGACAUCGGACCAAUGAGGUGAAGUCUGGAGGAGCAGUGGAGCCGUUGGGCACCAAGAUCACCCUUCACAUCACAGAGCCCUCAGAUAUGACCAGAGACCUCCUCAAGUCUGAGACAUGUAGCGUGGAAAUCCCGGAGCUAGAGUUUGAGCUGGGAAUGGCUGUCCUGGGGGGCAAGUUCACCACACUGGAGGGGCUGCUGAAAGACAUCCGGGAACUGGUAACCAAGAACCCUUUUACCCUGGGUGACAGUUCCAAUCCUGGCCAGGCGGAGAAGCUGCAGGAGUUUAGCCGGAAGUUGGACCAGAUCGUGGCGGGUCACCUGAAGGCCCACUUCAUUAUGAAUGAUCCGGCGGGAAACAGUUACUUGCAGAACGUGUAUGCGCCUGAAGAUGAUCCUGAGAUGAAGGUGGAGCACUAUAAGCGCACUUUUGACCAAAACGAGGAGCUAGGGCUCAAUGACAUGAAGACAGAGGGCUAUGAGGCAGGUGGGGCCCCACAGCGGUAGCAGUGGAGGCUCACGGCCUGCCUCCACGCUGCUCGAACUGCAGGGUUAUUUACUAUUGGAAUAAGGCUGAGACAGGCCUCCCCGCCAGCCUUGUCCGUGGUUGGGAAGACAGCCGGCCUGAGUCAGCGAUCUAGGCACACUUUCUAAACAGCUUGUGAUGCAGGCUCAAGCCUGUUCCGUUACUCGACCUUAUUUUGGAGGUUUGGAAUUGACCUGGGAAGAAACCCAGAAAUGAACCCCGGAGCAUGUCAUUACCACAUUUUCUGUCCACUCUUAACCCUCCCUUCACGCAGUGCUGCGUCCUCUCGAGUUGGAACUCUGAUGUUGGCCAAGAUGGGAUCCGGUGACAGCUGCAGCGGGGAGUUGGAGUUGCGUAUAUGAAGUGCUGACUUUCCAGUCAGUACUGAGGGGAGGGGUCCAGCACAGGUGGAGGAGGUAUCAUUAAAGCAAUGGCUUUCAAACAACA